UAAUAAGUACCAUUUUAAAUUUAUUCUAAAGUGUACUUCCUUUUCAUAGGGGACCACAUAGCAACAUGCUAAGAAACACUCAGAUCACUUUAGCAACACACAACAUCGCAGCAGCAUCAUGGCGGUGAAAUGUAGUUAUCAUUACAAUUUAUAUAGGUUAUGAUAAUCAAAUUAUGAUGAUUCAUUUUUUAUUUAAAUUAACAAAAUCCAAUCUUUUGAAAAUGUAGAAGAUUCUAAUCCAAAAUUCCACAAUUGUACUUUUAUGUAUGUAUUUAUUUAUUUAUUCCUUAAAUGUUAUUUGUAACUUUACACAUAUGCCAUUGUCAUGAGACAUGAAUGUAAGACUUUAACAUAUUGUACUCACUCUGUGAACUUUUAUGAAAGUGAAAUGAAUGAAAGGUAGUAAGAAACGACGGAGUUCACUUCAAGGAACAAGAAGGCAAUGGAUGAAAAAGAGGACUAGAUGGAUGGGUUGGGGAUGGAGGAGAGCGAGGGCGAGAGAACAGCGAGUCAUUGUGCUGGUACACCAGGCACUGGGAGACACACUCAAGACACAUUAACGCAUUCACACACUGACACAAACGCGCACAUAAGCGCAUGCUUCUGCCCACCGCUACACAGACCCGAGCUGGUAUCCCAGAGGGCAGCACUUCACUCCUGUCCUUGCCUCUGAAUCUUACAACCCAAGUGACAUUCACUCUAGCUGAGCCUCUUCAGAGGUCUGAAUCUGUAGGUUUCACCUCCAUCACAGGUUUAUGGCAUUUCGGGUCAAGCUCUGUAUCCAGAUCGAAGGUAGCCAAAGCAAGAAGUUGGAGGAUUAGCAGAUGAGUGACUGUGGAAGGAGUUAAACUUCAGAGACUUUGUUGUCGUCCAUCAGUCUUUAGGUCCACUUGUCAGUCUACUCUCUUCAUUUAUUGGAACUCACUUUGGAAAGACUUUGUCUUCGCAAUUCUCACUGGCGUUGAAGUCUAUCGAAGGCUUCUGUCUGUGCUAUCCAUUGGACUCUUCCAAGUGAUCAUUCUUGGAAAAGAUUCCCCAUGGCAACUACCGGCAUGCAGCUGUUUGGCCUGGUCCUGUCCAUCAUGGGCUGGGUGGGUGGGUUCCUGGUGUGCACCCUGCCCAUGUGGAGGGUCACCGCCUUCAUCGGAAACAACAUUGUUACGGCGCAGAUCACAUGGGAGGGCCUGUGGAUGAAUUGCAUUUGGCAAAGUACAGGGGAGAUUCAGUGCAAGGUCUAUGACAGCCUGCUGGCUCUUCCUAGUGACAUGAAGGCCGCCCGGGGUCUGACGGUUCUCGCUUUGCUCAUCUGCACCUUGGCGCUCACGCUGGGUGUUCUGGGUGUUAAGUGUACCGAGUGCGUGGGCCUCCCAAGCCUCAAGGCGCGCUUGGCCCGUGUGUCCGGUGUGCUCUUUGUCAUCGCGGGGUUCCUCAUCCUUGUACCUGUCUGCUGGACGGCCCAUUCUAUCAUCAGGGAUUUCUAUGACCCCUAUGUGGCGGCCCCUCACAAGCGUGAGCUUGGCCCCGCACUCUACCUGGGCUGGGGGGGUUCGGCUCUGCUUUUGAUCGGUGGAUCGCUCCUCUACGCAGGGUCCAAUCCCCCUGGGAUUCCCUCUUCUCCUACAUUUAGCAGUGGCGAGAGCAGCCCACGUCGAGCGGGUGGACCAGCCCAGGUCAAGGGUUAUGUUUAAUGGCCAGCAUCGACACACCAGUCCCCAAAAGCCUUCUCUGCUAGAGUUUCCCAUUGUGAUAGAUUCAAGUUAAUUUUAAUCUAUUUUUUAUCAUUCAGAAUAUUUCUGUAGUGUGAUAGAGGUAUGAAUAGAAAUGUGAAAUCAAGUUUCCUUGCCACCUCUAAUGUCCACUUAUAAGUCUGUCUUUCUUUGUGUUUGUCUAUUAUGUUAUUCAAUAAUAAAACCUUAAAUCCUUUAUAGUGUCAUCUCAUGAAUUUUUUGGAGAUCUGUCUGUUUAUUCAGAUUGAUGAUGUCACUCAUGUUACUUAAAGGGAUAGUUCACAAAAAAAUUUA